CACAAGUCUUCGUUCAGUAAAGACGAGGCUCCGCCUCUCACCACCGUCAAAUUUGUAAAUAUUUUCUCCUCUCCGUCGCCGGAAAUUUCUCUGUUCCCGUUUUCUCUAAAUCUAUCUUACUUUUUUCUUACGGUUAAUUAAUCGGUUGCUAUUCCUUUGAUGGCGGCGAUUACGCAGAGAAAAGAUUCGGAUCGGAUAAAAGGUCCAUGGAGUCCUGAAGAGGACGAGUUGUUGCAGACGCUUGUUGAGAAACAUGGACCUAGAAACUGGACUUUAAUAAGCAAAUCGGUUCCGGGUCGAUCUGGUAAAUCCUGUCGUCUCCGGUGGUGUAACCAGCUUUCCCCUCAAGUGGAGCAUCGUGCUUUUACUCCUGAAGAAGAUGAUACGAUCAUCAGGGCUCAUGCGAAGUAUGGUAACAAGUGGGCGACUAUUGCCCGUUUGUUAUCGGGUCGGACUGAUAACGCUAUUAAGAACCACUGGAACUCUACUCUUAAACGUAAGUGUCCUUCCAUGUCCGAAGAUUUAAGCUUUGAAACUCCUCAACCGCCUUUGAAAAGAUCGUCUAGUGUUGGUCCUUGUACCAAUUUUUCUUCUGUUAUGAAUCCGGGUAGUCCGUCUGGAUCCGACUUGAGUGAUUCCAGUCUUUCGGGUUUUCCCCAACCGCUUGUUUAUAGACCUGUUCCCCGUACCGGCGGGAUUUUCCCUCUUCCUCCUCCGGUUAAGCAGAUCGAAAUUCCUCCAUCUGUACCCGACCCACCCACAUCUCUCUGUCUUUCCUUACCCGGAUCCGGAUCUAUUGAAAAACCAACCCAGUCCCCUAAAUCACCACCACUACCACCGCCUCCUUUGCCGGUGGUUGAUAAACCGAUUCCCCCAUCUGCUGCUGUCAUGGGUCAUCUUCCUCGAUCCAAUCAAAGUUAUGAUUUUUGUGCUGCUCCCAAAUCAGGAGAGAAACAGUUUUUUACUCCAGAGUUCUUAUCAGUUCUGCAAGAUAUGAUUAGAAAGGAAGUGAAGAGUUACAUGUCUGGGUUUGAACAAAAUGGUAUCUGCAUGCAGACCGAUGCAAUAAGGAAUGCAGUCAUUAAGCGUAUUGGCAUCAGCAAGAUUGAGUAAAUCCAUCUAUGAUUACAGUUGAACUGUUCUAUAGUCAUCAACAAUGGCUGCCGCUGCUCAGCGAAAUGACACCGGAGAAGAAACAAUGGAAGAUCGGAGCAGUCUUCCUCCCCCACCCCUUUUUUUUAUUGCUU